UGCCCAGCUCCUCCUUCCACAGUGACAUGUCUACUCUCUGCAAAAUCCUUUUAGUUCAGCCUGCUUGUCACAGCGGUUACUGGAAAUGACACACGGGAGGCGGUCGAAUGGCAAACAUGUUAAAAACAUGUGCUAUAGCUACGAUUCAUCCGGAAUCCACAUUUUCAUCAGAUUUAUAUAAUAACGCGAUAUAGGUCAUUUUCAUUCAUAAAGGACUGCUUAAAAGACCGCAGUGUCAAAUGGACGUCGACGGCAUCUGAAUGAACCCAGCAUAAUUUCUAGCCAACGGACUGAAAUAAAAUAUCUUUAAUGUGUUCAAGCCUGGUGGUGUGUUCAUUCCGUCUCCCAGCCUUGGCGAGCAGCGGUGCUGCUGUAUCGGUGGACGAAAGUGAUCAGAGCGGACUCGGUUCUGUCCUUAUCCACAGCAGUAGAAGUUUAGCGCCGUGAUUUGUAUUUCCCUCCUCAUGUUACUGCAAAGAGCCAUCUCCACAUUUCCCUAAUGAAAAUUAAUCUUUGGAACGGUUCCCGGGACGUGACAGAGAUUAUGUCGAGUAAAAGUGUGGAAUGGCUUCAAGAAGAACUGGAGUCCGGGCUCGGGGUGAGCUCACUACUGCUGUUGGACUGCCGAUCUCACGAGCUUUACGAAUCGUCGCACAUUGAGUCGGCCAUCAACCUGACGAUUCCCGGUUUGAUGCUGCGGAGACUGAAGAAGGGGAAUCUACCGAUCCGGUCCAUCAUCCCCAACAACGAGGAUAAGGAGAAAUUCGUGAAGCGGUGCAAGACAGACAUGGUUCUUCUCUAUGACGAGGCCACUACGGACUGGCAGGAGACCGGGGUGGCGAGCUCUGUUCUCGGCUUGCUGUUGCAAAAGCUCCGAGAUGAAGGUUGUAAGGCUUUCUACCUGGAAGGUGGCUUCAACAAGUUCCAGACCGAGUACCCUGAGCACUGUGAGACCAACCUGGACUGUUCCUGCCCCAGCAGCUCCCCGCCGGCCUCCGUCCUGGGUCUGGGCGGGCUGAGGAUCAGCUCUGACUGUUCUGAUGGGGAGUCAUCGGACAGGGAACCGGUCAGCGCCACCGAGUCCGAGGGCAGCCCUCUCCCCAACAACCAGCCUGCCUUCCCGGUCCAGAUCUUACCGUACCUCUACCUGGGCUGUGCCAAAGACUCCACCAACCUGGACAUCCUGGGGAAGUACAACAUCAAGUACAUCCUGAACGUCACGCCCAACCUGCCCAACAUGUUUGAACACGACGGAGACUUCAAGUACAAACAGAUCCCCAUCUCCGAUCACUGGAGCCAAAAUCUCUCGCAGUUUUUCCCAGAGGCCAUUUCUUUCAUUGACGAAGCUCGUUCCAAAAAGUGUGGUAUCCUGGUGCACUGCCUGGCAGGGAUCAGUCGCUCGGUAACGGUAACCGUGGCCUACCUGAUGCAGAAGCUCAACCUGUCGCUCAACGAUGCGUACGACUUUGUGAAACAGAAGAAGUCCAACAUCUCACCCAACUUCAACUUCAUGGGUCAGCUCUUGGAUUUUGAGAGAACAUUGGGUCUCAAUAGCCCGUGUGACAACCGUUCCUCCACCAAUGACCAACUGUUUUUCACCACGCCAACCAAUCACAACGUCUUCCAGCUCGACACGCUGGAAUCUACAUGAAGGGGUGGUGGGGGAGGGGCGGGACUUGAGCAGCCAUCUUGGAUGUGAAUGUUUUUCUCUUCUCUUCAGAGAUUGGCUGGCUGGCUUUGACAGCAUAUAGCCUGGGAUGGUGGACUGACGGUGUGUGGACAGGGACAGAUCAGAGGCCAAAUGGAAGUCUGCUUGGCUUGUAGAGCUCUGUUGGUCUCUCAGAGGGUUGACAGGAAGAGGAAGAAGCCCUGUCUCCUCUCCUCAGUGGUUUGGGAAGCUUGUCAUCUUGCCUUUGGAACAGCCUGUUUUCUUUGUUGUCUAAGGAAAGAGGAAGUGCUCGGAGUAGACUGAGACAUGCUACGCUGUAGAACAUAACAUAGAAGAACAGAACAUAGAAGAGCAGAACAGAGAAGAACAGAACAGAGAAGAACAGAACAUAGAAGAACAGAACAGAGAAGAACAGAACAGAGAAGAGCAGAACAGAGAAGAACAGAACACAGAGUGUUGUCAUACAAAAACAGAAAACAAAUUGUGUAUCUGCUCCAGUCAUUCAUUUAUUGUUGUCCUUUUGGGAGACGACCUCGUCAACAACCUCCUGAUGAUAAUGGUGCCAAUGUGUUGCAGUGUCUGGGGGGGGUCACCUUUACAGAGGUGAUCUCACCCUACUGAAUGACGAAGAUGGUGCCAAUGUGUUGCAGUGUCUGGGGGUCAUCUUUACGGAGGUGAUCUCACCCUACUGAAUGUAGGGUUGGAUUUUUAAAUGUUUUAUUUAAAACAAAGAUAUUUUUAACACAAACACAAGUAUGUUCAAGUGAUGCAUAUAACAUGUACAAGUACUAAUGUAUGUCUACAUGCAUUUGUAUAUUUGUAUACAUUUAGACACAUAGGUAUGGACAUACUGUAUGACUCCUACUACGAGAAUCGUACCUUCCCAAAACCAGAAACAGAAGCACUUGAACAUCGAAAGGAGACUCUAUAACUAAAGACAAAACAGACCAAGAGAAAUGUACUUUUCAUAAUAUUCUGGUUGUUUUUUGUAUUUUUCGUUGUUGUCUAUGUAUGUAACGAUGAUCUAAUGCAGUUUGCACAGUGGUGAAGCCUAUAUCACUUCUAGGCACAUAAACUAGUACUCUAGAGAAAGAUGGAUUCAAAGAGAGAGAGGAGAGAGGGAGAGACUAGCACAGAGAUGGUGUAGUGUAGAGGCAGUCCUAGGCAGAGACUAGCUCCUGCAGCUGGUCUGGCCAUGUUGUGGGCUGGGAUUGGCUGGGUGAAGCGUAUUGUUCCUUAACUGCAUAUGAAAAGAUGGGUCUGCAUCCAAAAUGGCACCAUAUUCCCUAUAUCGUGCACUACUUUUGACUAGGACCCAUAAGGCUCUGGUCAAAACUAGUGGACUACAUAGUGAAUAGGGCGCCAUUUUGGGGACGAAGUCAUGGAUCUGUUUGUCUCGGCAAAGAACCUCACUUCCUUUAAAUCCUGGGUCGAUUCACCCCCCCCCCCCCGCGCAAGCCUUGGCGAUAUUAUGAAUAUUAUAUUACAUUACACUAAAUUAUGACUUUAUGAAUAAAAUAUAAGGUAAAUGGUAUAUUAUGUUAUGUUCUAUACAUGAACAAACUACUGUGUGUUGUCCAACAGUGGUGUGCAGGUGACUACCCUAGGAAGAGGUUGUGGAGGUGGGCCUGGCUGCCAGUCUGUUUGUGCAAAUAUCAUUUCACUCCUUGUCUCUUGUUUGGCAUGACGAGUGGGAAUGACAGCUGGAAUGAUAUUGCACAAACAGACUGGUACCCAGGCUAUUUGGUAGUUUGUUGGAUGUUGUUUUUAUACCAGCUGGAAGUCGGGAACGCCGAGAACUGUUUUUAACUACAAUUACUGCUGUCUGUCAAGUAUAGCGAGGUUUUAAGCUCUUAUAACGGGUUAUAAGCUGUAGCUGAUAACAUACAGCGACACACAGUAUGUAGCUCGGAGGAUUUAUGACUAGGGUUGGACAUUUCCGGUAAAUUUUCCAAGGUUUUCCUGGUCAGAGGAUUCCUGUGUUUCCUGAUUUACGUGAAUCUCCACCCAGGAAUUCUGGGGGAGGGGGGGACCUGGGAAUGUUGGGAGAAAGGUUACUGGAAACCUUUUCUUGUGACAUUGUUACAUGAGACUGGCUCAAAGAGCAGGGUUGCUUUCCGCUGGCCUUAUUCUAUAACCUUAUAAUACAUCUCGUUCUAUAUUAUUGACUGUUCAAUACUCUUUGUAUCUCACUUUUAGAAAUAUCGUUGUGUGUAUAUAUAAAUAAAAAAUAAACUUUUGUCCUUUUAAUGAUAAUAUAAAUCAAAAAUAUACAUGUAAUGACGGACAACUAAUAGCACCCUAUUCCCGAUAAAGUGCACUCCUCUUGUGCUCUACUGUGGUCAAAAGUAGUGCACUCUAUAGGGAAUAGGUUGCCUUUUUUGGGUCACGGCCUUUGUCUUUAACGGGUCUUCAGAUGAGGUUAUUUUACCCUGUUAUAUUAUAUCAACAGUAUUUUAUACAUUUGUUUGUGUUACUCUGUUUUUCACCAUAAUAAUAAUAAUAAUUCUAGAAUUAGAAUUCGACACGUAAAUACAGAAUACAGCUGUAUCACUGACUGCUUAGAUUUGUAUUUUCUUUGUUGGGUGAAUUUGCCCCUAAAUGCUGAUCUUGGGUCAGUUUAGCAUUUUCUCCACUAAUGUUUAAGGUUAGGAUUCGGGUAGGGACGGCUGAUUCUAGAGCUGUACCUAGGGGAAACGUUACCCACGGAGCGCUCUGCUUUGGGACUGAAGCUACCUUUCCUUCCUCUGGGGUGUCCAAAGUACAGGGCUUCAUUUGGUUUGCUAGCCUGGGUCCCACAUCUGUGCGCGUUAUCUCGCCAAUGUCACAGAGCGAGCCUCGUAAACGUUACUCUUCAGCUGAGGCCGUGCGAGGAAGAAAUCUAUAGCGUUAGGCAAGCACAGGGAAACCUGUUACACCAACUCCAUUGUCAAGCCAGACACAUUUGUUUCCUACAAAGCAAAAAACAGACUGGCUCCCAGGCUAAUAUGGUGGUAGGUAGCCUUGCAGUAAGAGCGUCGGGCCAGUAACCGAAAGGUCGUUGGUUCACCUUGUCGGCUUAGGGGUUUAAACUAUCUGUUGAUGUGCCCUUGAGCACAUUACUCCUAAUGGCUCCAGGGUCGUCGCUGUUAAUAUUGGCAGACCCUGGCCGUGACCCCACUCUCUGGGGUUGUCUCAGGGAGAGUUGGGAUAUGCAAACAAAUGUUUUUUAAAUUAAAUUCACACAUGCCUAUUAAUACACAUGUGAAAUAAGACAGAUAUAAGCUCUUCUUAAUAACAGCAGUUUGUUUGCGUCUCAACACCUAGCCCGGGGAGCCAGUCUGUUUGUGCUAACAUUCCACUCCUUAUCCUCUUGUGUCCUAUGUUUAGCCAUUGGAGUGGAACGAUAACACGAACAUAUCUGGGACUAGGCUACAGAGCCAGGAGACAACCUGCAUGUAAUUCUGGAUCUAUCACAGCUCAUUAAAUCCAAAUGUCUUUUCUUCUUCAACCAUUUUAGUUUUGUUUUUGAUAAUGUGCUCUAUCCUAUCAGUCUAAUUCCUGUGGCCUUUCAAUAUAUUAUAUCUUAAAGCUGAUAUGCAAAGUUGUUUCUCCGAAAUAUAAUAUAUAGCAUUAUUCCAGAUGAUAUUGAGUUUUUUGUUUUUUUACAUUUGCUCGACAGGACUUUAUCAGUUUGGAGUCUGAACCCAGUCACAACAAUAAGGAAAUGUGGACAAGUCGAUCAUACGUCGUCCCAAAUCGCACACUUUAUAGUGCGCGACUUCUUGACGAUGCCACCAUAGGGCUCUGGACUAAAGUAGUGCACUAUGUAGGGAAUAGGGUGCCAUUUGGGACACAGGAGGUACGUUACACCCUAGGGUUGAAAUGUAUUUCAGUGCCGAAGUUUUUUUGUUGUUGUUUUUUUUUUUUUUUUUAAGAGAAAAUCCUUGAUUUCAAGCUGCUUCAUGUGUUUAUGAUGAAAGAAAAACGUUUGUAUAUUUGACAAAACAAGAAUAUUUGUAUUUUUUGUUGUGACAUUUUAUUGUAGCUUCUUCCUGUUAACUAAGCAUGCGUUCCAAAUUGCACCCUAUUCCCUAUAUAUAGUGCACUACUUUAGACCAAGUUUCAAACAGGUCAAAAUUAGUGCACUAUAUAGGGAAUAGGGUGUAAUUUGGGACAUAGACCUAAGAGUGUGUUGGAUCCGUGAGAUGGAGAGAGAGGCCAGGGAAAAGAGGAGAAGAACGGAAGUGAAUGUUUACAUGAGCCUUCACAAAGUAUUCACACCCCUUGACUUUUUCCACAUUUUGUUGUGUUGCGGCCUGAAUUUAACAUAUUAUUAAAUUAAGAUUUCGUGUCACUGGCCUACCCACAAUAAUGUCAAAGUGGAAUCAGAGAGAAGGGCACCUACUGCAGACAUUGAAUAUCCCUUUGAGCGGUGAAGUUAUUAAUUACACAUUGGAUGGUGUAUCAAUACACCCAGUCAUUACAAAGAUACAGGUGUCCUUCCUAACUCAGUUGCUGGAGAGGAAGGAAACUGCUCAGGGAUUUUACCAUGAGGCCAAUGGUGACUUUGAAACAGUUACAGAGUUGAAUAGCUGUGAUGGGAGAAAACUGAAAAUGGAUAAAUAACACUGUAGUUACUCCACAAUACGAACAUAAUAUACUAUAUAAUACUAAUACUAACCUAAAUGACAGAGUGAAAAGAAGGAAGCCUGUACAGAAUAAAACAUAUUCCAAAACAUGAAUCCUGUUUGCAACAAGGCACUAAAGUAAUACUGCAAAAAAAUGUGACAAAGCAAUUCACUUUUUGCCCUGAACACAAAAGUGCUGGGACAAAUCCAACACAUCGUUGAGACGCUUCAUAUAUAGUGGUGGUGGUGGCUGCAUCAUGUAUGGGUAUGCUUGUCAUUGGCACUUACAUUUUUUUUUCUUACAAUUUUUGAUAAAAAAUAAACAGAAUAGAAUUAACCACAGACAAAAUCCUAGAGGAAAACCUGGUUCAGUCUAAUUUCCACCAGACACGGGGAGAUGAAUUCACCUUUCAGCAGGACAGUAACCUCAGGUCAAAUCUACACAAGACAACAUUCAAUGUUCCUGAGUGGCCGAGUUGCAGUUUUGACUUAAAUCUGCUUGAAAGUCUAUGACAAGACACGAAAAUGGCUGUCCAGCAAUGAUCAACAACCAAUUUGACAAAGCUUGAAGAAUUACAAAAAUAAAAAUGUGCAAAUAUUGUACAAUCCAGGUGUACAAAUCUCUUAGAGACUUAUCCAGAAAGAUUUACAGCUGCAAUCACUGCCACAGGUGUGCUAAUACUUAUGUAAAUGAGAUAUUUCAUUUUCAAUAGAUUUGCAAAAAAAUUCUAAAAAAAAAUGUUUUCACUUUAUCAUUAUGGGUAAUUGUGUGUCGAUGGGUGAGAAUUAUAUAUAUAUAUAUAUAUUAAAUCCAUUUUUGAAUUCAGGCUGUCACACAACAACAUGUGGAAUAAGACAAGGGGUGUGAAUACUUCCUGAAGACUCUGUAUCUUACCUCACUGAGGGAAUUUUCAGGGAUUUUUUUGACAAUGCAUCUUCUGCAUCUUGUAACAGCUUCCUGCCCGCUCAAUAGCUGUUUCUAUGCAUGCUGUAUAUAAGACGCUGUGCAUUAAACUGUCAGCAGGGCAGUUGAUACUUCCUGAUGUCGAAGGAUGUUAAACCUAUGUAUUGUAUAGUUAUAUGGAAAACAACGCAAGAUGUUUAUACAGCAAAAUAAAUAUUGAAUUAUUUUUUCUUUAA